UGGGCGUGGGCCACUUUGCAGCCAUUCGUGAAACUGGUGGCAAAAUGGCGACUUCCCACCUCUGCCCCACAACCAGAUUCUUUCUCCUUCCUUUCAGCUUUGAGGGAGAGGAUUCCGAUUUUGCUGAUUUUGCUGCAGAGCUCUGUUCUUGUAGUAGGUGAAGUGGGUUGUUGUUGUUGUUGCAGUAGUUAGUGAUCGAGAAUAAAAGUCACCAUCACAAUCCAUCGUCGCCUUGACUCAGUGAUCUUUCCUCUGUAAUCCUGUUACUCUUUUUAAGCUGUUGGCGGGCGAUUUAUGAUGGUUUAACCAUGGCUGCCACUGUGUAUCGAGCACCGAUUCCUGGAAUUACUGCACGCCUGCUUGCUUCCAUCGGACCAUCUCCUGAAGACGCACUUCUUCCCGCUGCCGCCGCCCCUUUUGUUCGCCGUCGUAAUUCUGCUUCUCCGGCUGCUGUUUUCUCUCGGAAGCAACGCCAUCCCCUCGGCUUGCCGCAGAUCUCGCCUUCUACUACUCGAUGGCUGUGCCGAUCGCGCCAUUCCGUUUCAAUCCCACCUGACGGAGAUGACGAAUUUCGCUCCUCCCGCAACAUCGCAAUCAGCUUGUUCCGCCGCUACAGGAAUGUGAUUGAGCGGGGAGGAGGUGACACUCUGAAAGAGUUCAUUGGCGCAGGGGUGAAUGCCUAUGCACUCGGCUGUACCGACCAAGGAUUGCUUCAGGAACUCACUGCCAUUAGAGAAUCUGGUGCUGAGAUCCAAGCAAUGGAGAACUACGGUGGCAUCACUAGUGUUCAGUCCAGGAUUUCUGCCCACGAGGUUGAUGAGUGUAUGUUGUGGGUGAGCAUUGUGUUCAUCACUAUCUUGUGCACUCCACAACCCACCAUAGUUAGGUGGUCGUCUGUGCCUCCAGCUUCGGACGAAAUGCUUCUUUACUGGAAGGGAUUCUGUGCUCUAAUUGCAAACGCAUAUUUCGUGAGGGGAAUGGCAUGGCUUCCAGUAAAGACUCUUCAGCUGGAGCAAAUGGCAGUGGCUGGACGUGCUGAGGAGCCAUCAGUUGUUGCCAGUCGAAUGCGAUUAGUCUUCAGCACACUGGAGGUUGUUUGUCCACAAUGGCCAAGGGUGUAGUCGAUUUGCAGCUGCAGGUUGCUUCUGUCGCCUGUGAUCUCUACUCUUAAGUGUUCUGCAAUCAAACCUUCUUUGGUUUGUACAUGUACAAAUGCAACUUGAACAAUGUACUACUAGUCAUCAAUACCAUGGAACCACAGAUGAUAUCGUUAGUUAUAGAUUUUCUCAUCUUGUCUCCAUUUUAAUGGGAUACAAAAAGGAAGAAGAAGGUAAUACAGUGGAAGUUAGACU